AUGAAUCGACAAACUUCUAAUUUUUUUCUAAUUGUUUUCGUUUCAAUUUUACUUACAUUAUCUAUUACUAUUGAUGCUCACAUUAAGAAACAUGUUUUUAUUAACAAACAUGCUAAUAAACAUGCUAAUAAACAUGUUUUUAUUAACAAACAUGCUAAUAAACAUGCUAAUAAACAUGUUUUUAUUAACAAACAUGCUAAUAAACAUGUUAAUAAACAUGCUAAUCAUGUUAUUAAUCAAAAAACUAAAUGCUCAACUUCAACAACAACUCCACCUCCGGUAUGUUCACCAACUCCGGUAUGUUGUGAAUGUCGUGGAAGUCCAGGGUGGAAUAACAUAAUUUAUUCUGUUUUACCGGAUCAAUUAGUAAACAUUACUACUUCUUCUACUCCGCGAGAUUGUUGUAAUUCAUGUAUUGCAGAUGAGAAUUGUGUUUCAUGGUAUUAUAAUAAUCAGAUAAUGAUGUGUCGGCAUGAAGUCAACACGAGUACUGCUGAUGCUUGUACAGUAGACAAAUCUAUACCAAGUUCUUUCGGUGAUGAAGGUGGUGUUAUUCGUUGCAAUGAUGACAGUAGCAGUACAUGCAAUUAA